CAUGUUCUCCUACUCAGGGUCCGACAUGAUGAGUAGUCUGAACCAAAACAACCCCCAACAGUACGCCUCCGUAACUAACUCAGGUGGACUGAAUGGUAGUUCAGGUCUAAACGGCCACUCAGCAGCCCACGGUGGCGGUAUGACGUCACAUGCUACCGGUAUGACGUCACAUGCUCCCGGAAUGACGUCACAGGCUACUGCUGCUGGUUAUGGAGCUAGUAACUAUCCUAGCAGCAUGGCCAGUCUUGCUGCUGCGAAUCCUAGUUUCAUGACGUCAGCUGCGAGCUACAUGAGUGCUAUCCAGUCUGGUCGACAACCGGGCUACCCUGCUCAAGCUCAACAACCACAGCAACCGCAACAAGUAUUCUCCUACAUGUGGGAUAAAAUUCUGCCGGAGGACUUUGAUUAUGAUCUAGAUUAUUCCCUUGAGACAGAGAUGUGA